AUGGAACCCAGCAGCACCGUAUCACGUACUGGCGUCACAAGCGCGGAUCGAAAGCCCCACGGCCCCCAGGCCCAGGGAAGCGGUGGCUUGGCAAAGGCAGAGUGUUCUGAGUCACAGCCCAAGACAGAUGUGACAGAGUCCAAGUCUCAGACAGAUGUGACAGAGUCCAAGUCUCAGACAGAUGUGACAGAGUCCAACGGCAAGCCAAUCUUCCAUGUUAUCGAGGAUGACUCAUGGAAGCUUGUCUCCUCAGAACCACCCAAGAACAAGCGUGCCGUAGUGUACGUAGGCAAUAUCGCCACAGAUAGCACUGAGAGCCACUUCAGGCAAUUUAUCAAAACCAGGAGUGAGUUUCUGGGCGCCUCUAUUCCUGUCCACACCUGCAGUGUAUGGCUGUCAGAAAGUGGGCGUGCUUCCGCCAGAGUGACCAUUGAUGCCACUUCAUUCUCCACAGUUACAGCGCCCAACUUCUGGCCAAGACCCCUAUACUGCAGGCCAUGGAGGUUCUCUGAAACCAGCCCUGAGGGCAGCACCAGCAGUCGCUGCCACAGUAGCAGAAACAGCACCUCUGCCAGUGUUCUGACUAAACAGCAACAGCAACAACAGCAGCAGGGCUCAACCUCCUCCCCGCCGCCGCCGCCGCCACCACCGCCGCCACCACCACCGGCAGACAUCAUCUCCACUCCACUGCCUGGUGGCCAAAAACGGAGAAACUCCCACCUCUCCCCACCAGAGGCUGGAGACCUGAAGAGAUCAAACGGAUCUGCGCCACAACAUGACCUACAUGGUCACCAAUGA